AUGGAUCCAAAUUCGACAGCUGCCACUGUCGUCAAAAAGUUGCGCACUGGUCGAGUGCUGCCGAGAGUGAUUUCGACUGUGAAUGUGGAUCUGCAGUCGAGGUCGCUAUGCAAUAACUGCGUUGAGGUGUUGAAGGAUGCUGUGGCCAAGGGUCUACCGCAGUCCAUAAAAAACAGUAAGCGUCGUCUCUCCAUCACUGCUGAUCACGAUGUACUUGGUCAUAGCGUACAGGUGGUUGUCUUUUUUCCAGCACUGCUGAAAGGCGAGGCGAUCGAAAAGACGAUUAUGGCGUAUCUGAUGCGCUCGAGGCCAAUGAAGGUGAUACGAUGGCUGUUGUUUCCAAGUCUGCUGUCAUUUCACAUCACUUACGUCGCUAUGCAAAAGUUAGUUUUAUUUUUCGCUCUUUAA